CGGCGCUCGUCUUCCAAUACUUUUCCGCACGUUGUACACUCAUUUCUCGUCAUGAACAUAUCUAUCCGAUCCACUUAGUUUCUUACUCGUGUACGCUUCACCCAGCACUUGGAUCGAUAUACAGACAAGAAGAAUAUCCCGAACUUACGCGCGCCGCGGACUUUACUCCAGCCCAGCAAACGACUCGCAAGCUCGGCAGACCACACGCACCCUCGGCUGAAGUCAAGCUCCCCCGGACUCCGCUCAAGUCCAGCGCAAGCCAACACGGCUGACAGUACCAGUCUUAGACUCAAUGGUAGUCAAUGCUCUAGGCGUCGAGGAGCUCGAACGGCUACCCAUAUUCUCUGCCCGCGAUGCCUGCCGGGAUAUUGUGCUGGGGAGCGUUGCCGGCAUGGUCUCCGAGCUUUUCGAGUACCCCUUCGACCUCGCGAAGACGCGUCUUCAGGCGCAACUCCUGUCCCCCACCGCCGACUUGAUGCCUUUCACGGGUCCUAUGGACUGUCUGAAGCAGACAUAUGUCGAAGAGGGAGUGAGGGGAUUGUAUCGGGGCUUGACAGUGCCAUUAGUAGGUGCCAUGGCGGAGACUUCCGCCCUCUUCCUGUCAUAUACCUACAUCCAACACACCAUGCGGCAAAUGUCGUCAAAUUACAACUCGCCACUCAGCAUAGCGGAGCUCUCUGCUGCAGCCGCAGGUUCAGGAUUUGCUGCAAGCUUCAUCAUUACCCCGCUCGAGCUCGUGAAAUGUCGAAUGCAGGUUCAGCUCAUGAACAGUCACACCAAACUACGCACACAACCAUCCCCUGCUCCGGCAUCCGCACCCAAAGCCACUCGUCCGCAUCCCCCUUCAUCCCUACCUGGCUCCUCCUCGAACUCUUCGUCACGAAUAUUGCCCAUCCUCUCGCACACUGGCGCCUUCCAGACCGCUGCCCAGUCCCGGAAUAUCUCAUCCUCCAUGUCCCACCUGCCGGGGCCCUGGCAAGUCGUCAAAAGCACCGUACGCAGCAGCGGCAUUCAGGGCCUCUGGGUGGGCCACGUCGGUACCAUCCUGCGCGAGACAGGCGGCACCGCGAUCUGGUUUGCCAUCAAGGAGUGGACGAGCCGUCUUAUGAUCGACCGCCGCCUCAUUCGAAACGGCAUUCACCCCGAUGCUACCAGCCGGCGUGCGACGUCGCUGCUGCCUUGGGAGUCUGCCCUCGCCGGCGCGGUCGGCGGCGCGGUUUGUGCCUUUGCGCUCUACCCCACCGACACCGUCAAAAGCGCCAUGCAGACGGAGGCGGACCUAGGGUACUUGCAGGGCAAGGCCGAGGCGGGGCGCGUGCGCGUGAAGCAGACGUUUCUGAGCACGCUGCGGCACAUGUACCGCAGCCACGGCCUACGAGGGCUGUACGCAGGGUGCGGGAUGACGGUGGCGCAGGCGAUUCCGAGCAGUGGCAUUGUGUUUGUGGUGUACGAUGGGUUGUCGGGGUAUUUUGCCUGACAGUGGACGGUAUGAGCAUUAGACAUAGAUUACAUUGCUGUGUUAAUAUCUAAUAGCAACGCAUCACGCUUCACCAUGCUCGUAUGGAUAUCCAUGUGGAGAGUAGGCUACCUGUAGCGCAGACAACACCUGCUCGUGCAGUGAGCGAGAA